AUGAACAAUUCCAACUCUGCAGCGUUCUUUUAUGAACAAAAAAGUCUGCGUGAAAGACCUAAACGAUGCAGAAAACUACCCGAGGAAUUACCAGAAAGUUUGAAGUUUGCUCAUUUGAACCCAAAAGUUGCUGCUCUGUUGGCAAACAAGGAGCGACAGCAGAAACAAGAAGAAUUGAACAAUCUAGCCAAUUUGGAAAAACAUGGCGUCGAUAUUGGCAACACAUUUCAACACCUGAAGAAUCAAUUUGAUUCUGUAUUUGUACAGGAUGAAGACUCGCAAAGAUUUUUAUUUGAGUCAGCUAAAGGGUCAUCUGGCACUAUUUUGGAGCAACUGUCUCAAUUAUUGUGGAUAUUUAAAGAUGUUCUUAGUCCAAAUCUCAUCCCUAAAAGUUUGGAGUAUCAGUUGAUGAUGUCAUAUAAAGAAUUGACUGCUGAUGUCAUAUAUUUACCACGAGACUGGCAGACAGUUGCAAUCAGAGAACAAUUCCUGAAAUCUAGUGAAAUUGGCAGUGAAGAUGGACAUAAAAAUGUUGUAGUUGAUAAUGAAGCAAUACGUCAGGAACAGUCUGUAAUCACAGAGCAUAUUCCUGCCAAGAAACGGGGAAAUAAAACGAAAGUAGCGCCUGGCCACGAAGGUGAUGAUGUUGAGGUUAAACAUGAGAAAACAACACGACGCAGUGACAGUAAAAAUUCUACAAUGACAUCAAGACACAAGAAUCGAGUUGAAAGGACAGGAAGUGCCUCUAAAAAAUCCCCUGCACCUGCUAAACGUAAUAUGGCAUCUAAUCAUGGACCAGAUUCCCCAGAAAUGAGAGGUGGUCUUCCACAUCUUAACACGUCUGUGAUCCAUUUUGAACUUUCUUCUAAACUGUGUGAAGAUAAAGGUUGGAUAAUGAAUAAAGGAGAUGAAAUGCAGAUUGAAAGAGAACAAGUUUUGGAAUGGUGUAUUCAAAUACUACAAAAAUCUUUGAAAACAAUGGCCACACAGAAGGAGAAAGAUGUAGUUCAAGAUAAACCAGUACAAGUUCGUUACUAUGGUGAUACACGUCUUGAAACAUUGAUUAAAUAUCGUAGAUCUCCAGUGAAACCAGAGGUCAGUCCAGCCAUCCAUGGUGGAAGUCCACGAAUUCCAAAGAUUAAUGAUGAUAAAUAUGAAGGCAAGAAUUUGAUGUUGUCUGGUCAUUCUGAUGGGACGUCUGUUGUCUAUUAUCCAUCUGGACGUCCAGCUAUAGUAUACAGUUCAGCAAGUCAUGGUCGUCCAGGAUAUUAUACCUUGGUUUAUGAUGAUGAUGAGGAUAUGAAGAUGUUAGGGUGUUUCACACCAAUUGGUACUGGCUGUGUUUAUCAUGAUAAUGGUACUGUUUGGUUUCUUGCUACAUCAAUCGGAGGUCAUUUGGCAGAUAAAGAUGGUCUUGCUACUAAGAAAUGGAAAUGGCCAACUGGCAAUGUCAAAAUUCCAAGUACAAUUAAUCUACAACUUAACAAAGCCAUUAAUUUCCGAUGUGCAGCCUUUUCUCAGAUGUCCAUUGUGUACAAUUUUGAAAAAGAAAGUGCUAAAUUUCUUGUGAGUGCCUCUGCUGAAGCUGUGGAACCAAAUGCUGAUGAAAAUGAUCAGCUCCUUACUACAUUCAACUUCACAUCAAAUGCUGCUAAAGAAUUGUUAAGAUUAUCAUAUUCCAAAUUAAAAAUGAAGAAAAAGAAAGAUAAAGAUAAGGUGAAUGGAGAAAGUGAUCCAGAUAUUCCCAAACUGUUAGAAAUUCCAGAAGUCACCAUGUAUGGGACAGACGCUGAAAAAGAUUAUGCCAAAUUGUUACGAAAAGGGAAAGGUUUGAUUGAUGAUUGGAUGGAAACAUACAGAACUGCUUUCGGUUUCAGCUCUCCUUGCCUUCAUGGUGUCCAAGAUGUACCAACCAGUCGUAAACGUUAUUCUCAAUCAGCUAAACCAUCAAGGUUUGAAACAGAAUCAAGGGGAGUAACUCUUGGUAUUGGUAACAAACAACCAUAUGGAUCAUCUCGUAUUCCUUCAGCACCAGCGGGUCAUACACGAAAGACUUCAGCUCUCUCUUCAAAAGCUGGUGGAGGUUCUGUUAAAUUUGAUGAUGAUAAAGGUGACAGCCAUGGAUGUGGUGAUGGUAGAAAGAUGUCCCUAUCACUGACAUCACUAUCUGCUGCUGUAGCUGAUGUCACCAAAUUGUUCUCUCUGUCUUCAUCACCACGUAGCAGAAUCCAUUCAGCUCGUCCAAAAUCUUCUGUUAAAGAACCUAUUGAUGAAGCUACAGUUAUCUCUACUUGUGAAACAUGUCCUGUAGUACUGUGUCAACGUUUAAUGGGAAUGACCCAUGUCAACUGUCGUUGUAGCCGUUACCUUAUUCCAAACAUCACGGACAUUGAAUUUGAUCUAUUUAUAUCUAAAGUUGUGCCAAAUGCCCAAUUACAAGUUAUUACUGUGGUUUCUUCAUUGUUUCCUAAACGUAAUGAAGUAUUUGAACUUUUAGAGAAAAUGUAUACGAAGCAGAAUCGAAAUCGCAUGAGACCGUGUCAACAGUGUUAUUGUGAUACAUUCAGACUGUUGAAGUAUGACAUCAACACAGCAGCUGAUCAUUCUGACCACACCCAGCCCUUACUGCUUACCAGACAUAAUGCUGUUCCUGGAAUGAUCCUGAUCUACUCAGACGGCAAUCUUCUCUUCUGUGACAACAUCUUUAAUGGAUAUGGAAACACCAAGAAAGAUUUCAAGAAACAGAUAACAAAGUCCAGAUUGGAUGCAGUUCAUGGAGUAUUCUUGCCAAAAGAUUUCCGAUUUAAACCUUCUCAGGGUCAUCAUGGUCCACGUUCUGCUUGGGGUGGAGAGAUUGGUGGAGCUGGUGUUGAUAGUUAUGGAAGUCCUGGUACAUCUAAAGAUGAUGUCAUCCUUCAUAGACCAUCAUCAAGUUCCACAUAUGAUGGUCAAGUACCUGAUAAAUUGAGAGGACUAGAUGCUAGUAAUUUUAUUUGUCUAAGUUUGUCCCCCAUGGGGUAUCGUCCUAAAUCACAAAUUGUUAGAACUCGACAUAAACUUCCAACUGCUGUAAAAUAA